UUGCUGCGAUUGUGUACCUGGAAUCAGGGAAAAUUGUUCCGGGAUUCGCGUCGUGAUUUUUAUUUGGUUAGCCUUUCCGGUUAUUUGCAAGCGUUCCUUUUGCAUUUUGAGGUGCAGCGAAGACCAUGUGGGACGACGAAUGUUGGGAUGAUGUGACGGACGCACAGCCUGCGCCCAAGAAAGUCACCCCUGCUCCUGUGAGCUCCUACGAGCCACCUCGAUACUCGGAACCGCGAUCUAACCACCGUCAGGAUCGUGAUUCGAGGUAUGGCGGAGAUAGAAGAGCAGGCGGUGGUCGCUCCGGAGGCGGCGGAGGUGGAGGUGCUGGAUCAUAUCGGGGCCGCAACGACGACGCAGGAACCGACAGUGUCACCAUACCUAUUCCGGGCAAUAUGGUGGCAAAGGUGAUCGGAAGAGGCGGCUCCACGGUCCGGCAGAUGCGUGAAGAAAGCGGAGCAAGGAUCGAUGUUGAUAAUGCCGACGGUCAGGGUACGGUACGAAUAUCCGGAGGAGCACGUGAGGUGGAAGCGGCCCGAAAGGCGCUCGACGAUUUGCUAAACUCAUCCAGCUACGGAUCAGAAAGCGGUGGACAGCGGCACGGCCAGGGUGGAAACUCGCGUUAUCGUGACUCUCACCGAUCCGAUUCUUCGCGAGGCGGUUGGUCGCAACCGAGCCGAGAGUACGAGCGAUCGUCCUCGUCGUCGUAUUCAAGACACGGCACAACGUACAGUAACGACACGGAGGACGACGACAAGUUCGAGAUUAUCGACUGGAACGCGCUGAACAAAGCGUCCGACGAGGCAUCGCGUGAACGAUGGGCCAAGUGUCCGCCGCUGACGAAGGUGUUCUAUCAGGAGCUGGAAGAGGUUGCUAGUAUGGCACCGGCCGAGGUGGCUGCCUUUCGCGCACAAAACAACAACAUCGUUGUCGAUCGGACGUUUAAGAACGAGAACGGUGAAAACGGACGACCGAUACCGAAUCCGGUGCAAACCUUUGCUCAGGCGUUUGGUAACUAUCCGGAUUUGAUGGAGGAGCUGCGCAAGCAAGGCUUCACCAAACCGUCGCCGAUUCAAUCGCAAGGCUGGCCUGUACUGUUGCUGGGUGAAGAUAUGAUUGGUAUUGCGCAGACAGGUACCGGAAAGACACUGGCCUUCCUGCUGCCUGCCUUUAUUCACAUCGAAGGACAAUCGACACCGCGCUCGGAGCGCGGCGGACCCAAUGUGCUCGUACUGGCACCGACACGUGAGCUGGCACUGCAAAUCGAAAAGGAGGUCAGCAAGUACCAGUUUCGCGACAUUAAAGCCGUCUGUCUGUACGGUGGCGGCGAUAGGCGUGCGCAGAUGAACGUUGUGCGAUCCGGAGUCGAGAUCAUUAUAGCGACACCGGGCCGACUGAACGAUCUCGUGCAAGAGGGCGUGGUGAACGUAUCCAGCAUCACGUACCUGGUACUGGAUGAAGCCGAUCGCAUGCUGGACAUGGGCUUCGAGCCACAGAUUCGCAAGGUGCUGCUCGAUAUCCGACCCGAUCGACAGACGGUCAUGACGAGUGCAACGUGGCCCGAUGGAGUGCGCCGACUAGCGCAAAGCUACAUGCACGAUCCGAUACAGGUGUACGUCGGAACGCUCGAUCUGGCUGCCGUACACACUGUCACCCAGCACAUCGAAUGUCUUGACGAGGAGGAUAAGUACCAUCGAAUCAUGAAGUUCGUGAAGCAGAUGGAACCGAAGGACAAGGUGAUCAUAUUCUGCGGCAAAAAGACCCGUGCCGACGAUCUGUCUUCCGAGUUCGUGCUGAACGAUAUUGGCUGCCAGUCGAUACACGGUAAUCGCGAGCAGGCGGACCGGGAGCAGGCACUGGAAGAUAUCAAGAAGGGAACGGUACGGAUCUUGAUAGCGACCGAUGUUGCCUCCCGAGGGCUUGACAUAGAGGAUAUCACACACGUCGUAAAUUACGAUUUCCCGCGCAACAUCGAAGAGUAUGUCCAUCGAGUGGGACGUACGGGACGCGCUGGCCGUACCGGUACGUCGCUCAGCUUCGUUACUCGCUCCGAUUGGGCUGUGGCCGCCGAGUUAAUCAAGAUUCUGGAGGAAGCCCAGCAGGAGGUACCGGACGAGAUUCGCGACAUGGCGGCCCGGUUUGCGGCGAAGAAGGAGCGCAAUGAUCGUGAUCGCCGAGGUGGUGGUGGCGGUGGUGGGCGAUUCGGGGGUGGUGGUGGUGGCGGCGGCGGCGGGCGAUUCGGGGGUGGUGGUGGUGGCGGCGGUGGUAACAACCGGCGUUGGUAAUUUCAUUGCUUCCAUUCCUUUUUUACUUUUUCUCUCUAUUGACAUCCUUCGUAUUUGAUCAACAAUUUCCAAACCCGAAUCUUAUUCCAAACGUAGUUACCAAACAUGUAUUUUGCCACGAUGGUAGCAUACGGAGGAGAACUGCUGUGAGUAGGGUUAGAUUAGGAUUGGUAGCUCGGCUACUUGGAUUCCAGAAGUAGCACUGUUGCGUUAUGCGAUGAACUGAUGAAACGAAAAGUGCCUUGGUUGUGAACUGUUCUGGAAAGGAGGCUCUGUUGAAAACGGCAAACGAUGCGUUUAACGAAAGGCUGUUCGUUUCUAAUUGAAUUUUGCCCACCAAAUAAGCAAGUUAAUUUUGUGUAAUCGUAAGUAGAAUCGACGUAAGUAAAUAA